CAUGUGACUGGAUCCUACUGAGACCCAGCGGUCCAGGGAAGUGAAAGCAUCUUGGAGCCAGAGGAAGGAUCUAGAGGAUCACCCACUUUACAAACCAGCAGACAGACAGAUGACUUCUCAAGAGGGCUGAAAUCCCCGAACCCAACCGAGUCAUUCUUCCGGAACCACAGCUUGCUCACUCGGAUUCCUCUGGUUCUACAGCCCAAAUUUUCUUUCGGUUUUGUCGGAUAGUCUUGGCUGACCCUACGGCUGGCCGGCGGGAGUCUGGAGCUCCGCCUUCGGGGCAGGGUGUGUGUGUGUCCCCCGACUGGGAGCUGGGCGCAGCGCGGGCUCCCCGGUACCGACCAGACGGUCGGUUCCAGACAGCGCGCGCGGGGGACAGAAGACGCCACCACCUCGCGCCCCCUCCCCUCCUGAGCUUGGCACGGAUCCGGAUCAGCGCCUUCGCAAAACAUCAGUCAGGGUGAAGAAGAGAAAGCAUUAGAGAAUUGGCUGGAUGUGGGCUGGGUGACCUCGUCCCAACAAGCUCCGCAGAGGCUGGAGAUGAGGCGGGGCUUUGGACCCUUGCCCCUUGCGUUCUUCCUUUUCUUGUUGGCGCUGCUGACCCUGCCAGGUGAUGGCAACCAGGGCAGUGUCGCUGGAAGUUGUUCUUGUGAUCGUACAAUUUAUUCUGGCACCCAGAUACCGCAGGGUACUUUGGAUCAUAUCCGAAAAUACCUGAAAGCAUUUCAUCGCUGUCCAUUCUUUAUCAGGUUCCAGUUGCAGUCCAAGAGCGUGUGUGGGGGAAGCCAAGAACAGUGGGUCCGUGAACUAGUGAACUGCUUUGAGCGCAAAGAGUGUGGAACUGGUCAUGGGAAGAGUUUUCACCACCAAAAACAUUUGCCUCAAGCCAGUACCCAGACCCCUGAGGCCACAGAGGGGACACCUCCGGACACGAGCACUCCUGCACAUAGUCAGAGCACUCAGCACUCCACUCUUCCAUCGGGAGCACUGUCCUUAAACAAAGAGCACACCCAACCCUGGGAGAUGACCAUUCUCCCUUCAGGCUAUGGUCUGGAAGCUAGGCCUGAGGCUGAGGCAAAUGAGAAACAGCAAGAUGACAAACAGCAAGAAGCACCAGGAGCUGGAGCUAGCACACCAGCUUGGGUACCGGUGCUAUCCCUCCUGGCCAUUGUCUUCUUCCUCACUGCAGCCAUGGCCUAUGUGCUGUGCAACAGGAGAGUGACACAGAAGAACUCUGCAGGUUUGCAGCUCUGGUACACACCUGUUGAACCAAGACCCUAGUGCCUGCAGCAAGAGUGGAAGCUCCUGAGAGAUGGAUGAUGACAUGGGAGAGGUGGCAGCCAGGGCAGCAGGCUCGUCUCCAUCAGUGAACGGAACCUGAGCUCACUCUUUCUCAUGCUGUCUUGAGACAAAGUACCCAUAUGGAACCUAGGUCAGCUUUGACCUACUGACCCUUUGCCUCUACCUCCUAGAUUCUGCGAUUAAAGACAUAUGCUACCACAUCUGCCCCCAUUCACAUUCAUAAAAAAGGUAUGGAUUUCCAGGGUUUUAUUUUGUUUAGCUAGGAUGUUACUUAGUCCAAGCCAGCCUCAAAUUCCCUAUGUAUAUGACUACGUAUCCCUAGGUCUCCUGCCUUCCCUAUGUAUAUGACUAUGUAUCCUCAGAUCUCCUGCCUUCCCUAUGUAUAUGACUAUGUAUCCCCAGGUCUCCUGCCUUUCCUAUGCAUAUGACCAUGUAUCCCCAGGUCUCCUGCCUUCCCUGUGUAUAUGACUACGUAUCCCCAGGUCUCCUGCCUUCCCUGUGUAUAUGACUACGUAUCCCCAGGUCUCCUGCCUUUCCUAUGCAUAUGACCACGUAUCCCCAGGUCUCCUGCCUUCCCUAUGUAUAUGACUACGUAUCCCCAGGUCUUCUGCCUUCCCUAUGUAUAUGACUACGUAUCCCCAGGUCUCCUGCCUUCCCUAUGUAUAUGACUACGUAUCCCCAGGUCUCCUGCCUUCCCUACGUAUAUGACUAUGUAUCCCUAGGUCUCCUGCCUUCCCUAUGUAUAUGACUAUGUAUCCCCAGGUCUCUUGCCUUCCCCAUGUAUAUGACUACGUAUCCCUAGGUCUCCAGCCUUCCCUAUGUAUAUGACUACGUAUCCCUAGGUCUCCAGCCUUCCCUAUGUAUAUGACUACGUAUCCCUAGGUCUCCAGCCUUCCCUGUGUAUAUGACUAUGUAUCCCCAGGUCUCCUGCCUUCCCUGUGUAUAUGACUACGUAUCCCCAGGUCUCCUGCCUUCCUUGUGUAUUGACUACGUAUCCCUAGGUCUCCUGCCUCCACUUUCCAUAGUGCUAGGAUUACAGUCGCUAAACACUUUUUUUUUUUAAAGACAGGGUUUCACUAUUCAGCCCUGACAGUCCUAAAACUCAGAAAGAUCUGCCUGCCUCUGCAGUGUUGGGAUUAAAGGACUGCCCUUCGGGAACACUCUUUACAACUAAUAAUAUAUGAAUAGCCCCUCUGCCCUUAGCCUUCCCCCACCUCUAAUAAAAUGUAACACUCUCAAAUAUGUGGUCCAAAAGUGCAGUCCCAAGGUACAGUGCCUGCUUAGCAUGUAUAAAGUUCUAGGUUCAACCCUCCCACUACCAGAUCAAUUUUAAAAAGUGUCUGCUUUUUGCAUAGUGUAACAAUAAACUGGACAAAUCCUGUUUUUAACUGUAA